AUGCAGUUCCAGCUCACCACCAUCUUCUCCGUCUUCGCUCUCAUGAGCGGCAGCGUUACCUGCUGCCCCAACCCCAUCAACCCCAGCACAACAAGUUGUCUCAGAGCAGUCUCGGCAGAUGAAGCAGCUGUGGAAGGUGUUGAAUGCUUGAAAGUUUAGAAAAGAACUGCGAAAGCAGGGUACAAUUUAUCCUUAGAAUCUACAGCUACAGAAUAGGGAGCGGGGCGUUCGUAGAGCGCUUAUUUGU